UAAGAGACAUAAAAGAUAUAAGAACAACACACAAAACAUCUGCCAGCCUGCAAUCUCCUCUUCCGCUCCCUCACCUCUCCGCUCAUCUCCUUCAGUCACAGCUCGGCCGACUGCGAUUGUGAUAUCUCCACGUGACUGCCUUCCACCCUCCUUCCAUUUCCAGCACUCGGGGCCGACUAUGCUCGGUCGGGCUAGUGUUCUCGUGUCUUUGUCUUGUCUUGUCUUGUCAUGUGUGUCUAGUGUCUUUAUCUUCUACUCUUCUAGGCGAGCUCAUCACUAUGUUAAGUGAUUAUAUAAUCCCUGACUCACCAUCACUAAACCUUAACUUAUCACUAUCCACAUCCCAUCGACACCAAACUUCAACUCAUCCACAAUGGACAAUACACACAAUAAGCACACCGAUGAACAACACAAUAAUGAACAACACCAACUCUCUUUCAAAGGCGCCCUCGACCGCUUCGCAAACACCUCCUCCGACCCUCCACUCCUCCCCCCCUCACCCCUCCCCUCCCCCCGCAAACACUCACAGAAACACACACGCAAACCAAUGAAAUACGCCCCGCCCGCAACAUACUCCCACAUCCCCCCCGUCCCCGACAUCCUCGCCCCAGACCUCACCUGCAUCUUCAUCGGCAUCAACCCCGGCCUCCGCACCGGCAUCGACCAGCACAUGUUCGCCCACCCGUCCAACCAAUUCUGGAAACUGCUCUUCCGCUCCGGCCUUGUCUCCCGCGCUCUUUCGCCCGCCGACGACCGCGGUCUUCCUGCUCAGUUUGGAUUUGGAAUUACGAACCUCGUCGACCGCGUUACGCGCUCGGAGGUGGAGCUUAGUCGGGAGGAAAUGGUCGCUUCUGUGCCGGCGCUUGAACAACGCGUCAGGCAGCUUAACCCGAAGUUUGUCUGCGUCGUCGGCAAGUCUAUCUGGGAGGCUGUCGUCAGGUUCAAGACCGGAAGACCUUUGAAAUCUUCAGAGUUUACUUUUGGAUGGCAGCAUCCUCGUGAAUGUGGUUUCUCAUUUGCAGACACUACAUCUUCUCGUAUUACUCCUACAUCUUCUCAAAUUAAGACUGAAUCAGAUGACAUCGACACUACUCAAUUCAAGCAUGAAUCAGAUGACACCGACACAAACUACUCCUCCCCAAGAAUCCUCGUCAUGCCAUCCACAUCCGGCCGCGUCAUCGACCGCGACGGAACCCGCCUCGCCGUCCUGCGCGACCUGGCAGCCGCCAUACAUGCCCUCGACUCCAACGACUCUAGCCAAAGAAAAGCAUAACGCGCAUACAGC